AUGGACGUUCGUGCCCUGUUGUUCAACAUUGCGCUAAAGGUGUCAUGCGGAGAGCCGGUUGUAACACCUGGGAAUUUUUCCAAGGAUGAAUUGCACUACGAUCACACCCUGCUGGAACGGGGCAUUUGCAUCCCAGAUUGCGAACAUUCACUUCGUCUGUCCGGGGAGCUUCAGGAGCUGGAAAAUCUAACACCCCUGGAUCUGUACAGCCGGCUCGCAAGAUCCUGCAUCAAUACGAGACUGAAACACCGAUAUGAUCUCGAAAUCGGUAGCUAUGUCCAAAUCUAUCAUUGCUACACACCCGAACAGGAGGAUCGUCCAAUUGAUUACCUCGAAUGGUUAUUCUACGCCAUCAUGAUCGCAUUGGCCAUCUUCAUCGUCGCUUCCACCGUCUAUGAUACACGGCUACGAAGCGCACUCAAAUGUCCCGAUACGCACUACGAUCAGGAUCUCAAAUCGCGGAAGGAGCGCCUUCUGGCGUCAUUCUCUUUCCCCCGAAACAUAUGCCGUCUGAAAAAUUUAGGCAGCAGCAAAAUACGGCUGGACCUCCAGUUCCUGGAGGCUUUCCGAUUCAUCCACAUGUGUCGGGUUGUGUUUCUGCAUGCGACCAUGGCUCACAUCAAAGUGCCGCAAGCGAAUACGGACUACAUGGAGCGGCUUCAUGAAACUCCGUUGCUUAUUUUUUUCGUAGCGGAAUUUCAAAACUAUAUACAGACGUUCCUAUCGAUUUCCGGCAUGUUGUUGGCGAUCAACUUUUUGGAGCACAUUCGGAAGAACCCGGACUUCAACUUGUCCAUUUUUUGGGAUAAACUGAAGGGAAGAUUGUACCGAAUCGUGCCGGCAUACGCGUUUAUGAUUCUUGUGGAAUGUGCGAUUAUUCACCGCUAUUAUGACGGGCCGAUUGGACAGCAGUAUAUCGGAGAAGCCGAGCAGAACUGUCGCCACUGGUGGUGGACGAAUCUGCUGUUCAUCAACAACUACAUUCGAACGGAUCAACCGUGUUUGAUUCAAUCCUGGUACUUGGCAGUUGAUAUGCAACUUUUCAUUUACGGCCUGAUAGCGAUGAUGGCCAUAUGGCGAUGGCCUUGGACGAGGAAGUACAUUUUCGCCGGAGCAUUUGUCUGCGCCGUGCUGGUUCCGACUUUGACCACGUACUUCAAGGACAUAGAACCAGCGAUGACCAACCGGAUAAAGAACUUCAACCGGUACAAUCGGGAGCAUAACUAUCAUUACGACAUCUACUUUCCCUUCCAUCAGAACAUCGGAGUGUACACAUUCGGAAUGCUCGCUGGGUUCAUCUACCAUCGCUAUCGAGACUCCCCGGAGAAGGUCAUAAGUUCCAAGUGGUUCCGGAUCAUCUUUUGGGUCUCGGUUGUGUACUACUUUUCCUGCAUGGUUUCCGUUCCUUGGGUUCUCAUGUAUCGUGAUCAGAUUCAACCAGUGCUGAAAGCCAUCUAUUCGACAUUGUUCAAGCACUCCUGGGCAGUGAUGACGACUGUGCUGCAGCUGGGCCUGGCUCUGGCUCCCGCCAAAUACGUGUGGAAGAAAUUCCUGAGCCAUUCAUUCUUCGGGGUGGCCGGGAAGCUAUGCUACGGAUUGUACCUCAUCCAUUUUACAGUCAUAGAAGUCGUAUACUCAGGUGUAAAGGCACCGGAAUACACCAAUGAACGAGGCGUGUCGAAAUGGGCGGCACAAAUUUUCUGGUGGACGGUGUUCUUCGGACCGCCUUUGACCCUAUUUGUAGAGUUACCGAGUGGUGCGGCGCUGAAAGAACUUCUGGAUCGACGGAAAUGCAGUAAUAAGGUGCACGAUAUUCAGCAGACACAGACCACGGUUGAGCAGCGAGUUGAGCAGGGUGGAUGUCACCAAUGACUAUUGGUGUGCAUCAGUGAUCAAGAUGAUUUUAAUUAUAGCGUUUUG